CUGACCCGGAUGUUUAAAUACGAUCCAUCCUCAACAUGCCUCUCAAUCAUUUCGUGUUUUUUCGUUUGUUUUGAAGGUAAAAUGUUGGCUUUUCUUUCAAAAUUACGUAAACCAAACGCAGAAGAGAUGCUUUAAGUACUACCUGGUCGUCAUUCAAUUCAGUUAAUGCUGUAUUUCCAUGGACUAAUCUGAUGUAUGAGGAUACUGACGCUUUAUGGUCCAGUUCACGAGAAGUUUACUCGUAAACACCACAGUAAUCCCGUGCAAGUGAUAACGUUAUUCAAUUGAAGUACAACCCAGAGGAGGACUUUUGUCAGUUUCCCCCCUGCUGCUCAUAAUGUCUUUAGCGGGUGCGCUGUGGUUUGCAGUUCAGGAUGAUUUAUUAACAAACGGUGUAUGUAACAACACAACAUCAUCCAACAUCAGCAACAUAAAACCAGACAAACAGCUCAGCACCAGUGAGCCCUUCUCUCCUCCCGAGAGCCACUCUGUACUGAGCGGACUGGACGAUCACUUUCUUUCACGGUGGUUACAUCUCAACCGACAGUGUCUGCGGUUCAUCGUCGAUUUCAUCCAGGCCCGUUUUAAAAAAGACAUAUUUGCGUCUAGCCACAAGCCGAACUUGACAGAGGCCAACAUCCUGGCCGCACUCGCCUACUACGCACAGGGGUCUCUGCCAAAUAAAGUCACAGACCGUCUGCGAAUCGAUCAGAAAACAGCAUGCGAGGCGGUGAAGGCCACCACCAAACUCUUAUCAGACUUGACCCGCGAAUUCAUCACAUUCCCGAACAGUUAUAACGACCGCAUGGGUGCCGCACAAGCCUUCAAGAACCUGAGCGGAAUCCCGCAUGUGGUGGGAGUGUUGGGGUAUAUGCACAUAAGGGUGAGACCCCCCGUCUUGGAGGAACGCAUGUAUGUGAAUACUCUGGGUUAUCAUUCAAUCAUGGUGCAGGUCAUAUUCGACGCGGAUGGGAAUCUCUUUAGUUUGGAGCAGUGCUGUCCUGGAGGAACUCCUGAACACUCUGUUUGGGAAAACUCGGACAUUGGCAGACAGUUCAGCAUAUUUCAACACGGUCAUACGUGGAUCAUUGGUAGCCCAGCUCUUCUAGGAUGUGGACAUGUUUUGACCCCCGUGGAGACCAUUCGUAUAAAAAGCAAUGCGGCCGUGCACUUUAACAAAGCACACGCUCAACUAUACAACAGUUCGCAGCAUGUCUUUGGUAGUUUGAAAAGCCGUUUCCAAUGCCUGCAAGACUUCGGCUCCAUCCAGUCACCCGAGUCGGUGGCAUGCAUGAUCAGAGCCUGCUGCGUCCUGCACAACAUCAGCAAGAAGUUCUCCGUGCCGUUACCUGCGGAUUUUAGCUUGGAGCCGCUCCAUCCGCCGUCAGAAGUGCUCAGCAUCAUGGCAGAGCAGCAGUUUGACUACAUGGAAGACACUAAAGAUGAAAUGAUAGAAAUGUUUUUUAACACUACAGAAAACGAGGAUGAAUCUGAUGCGACCAGAUCUAUGAAAGAAUACUUAUGAUCGCAAAACAAAAGUCUGAAACCAUUAGUAUUUCAACUAUGCUAAGUGAAAUAAACAGACAUACGCAUGCUGAUGCCAGCCAGUUGGUUAUGUACACAAGCUUUAUUCGUUAAUUACACAGUUGAUUCAAAUAAGUUAAUGCUAAUUCGCUAACAUUCGUCAACAAGUGAUAUGAAUAAAAAAAAACGUUUGGAAGGCUAUAAAAAUUAGCUCAUUUAAUACUACAAGUUCGUUACAUGAAAAAGUACUCCAGUAGUACCGUGGUUCAGUGAGGCUAACAAUAGGUGCUGCUUUGGAUUUAAAUACAGGUUGGGUGAACAUUGACUAGGCAAUAUUGAAUGGCUGAAGAGUUGUCAGCCACGAAAGGCAGUAUUAGAAAUAUGGAGUUUAUUACCAAUAUGUAAUGCAAAAUUAUUUUUCACCCAACUUGUAUAUACCAAAAUCAAGGAACUGUCAUGGAUGCGUCCACGAUGUUGUUCUUACCACAUGUUGUUCACAUUUUCUUUUACACAUUUAAGUUGAUUACUUGCUUUUUUCUGAAGACAACAUGUUUGUGCAAUACAGUAAUACAUGUGUAUUUCCUAGUUUGUAGCUUUUGCUUUGAGCGGCAUAACCAUAAAUGGUGUGGUUUUUCAUUCAAGAUGGUGGUUUAUGUUUCAGCUCUUACUAAAGUGACUUUCAGUGCAAAAAAGAAUUUCAUUACUGGUGAAAACAACAUAAAAUAGAUAUGUUCAUUAGUAUGCAAUAUAAAAAUACUCAAAUAUGUGGUCACAUUUACUCAAAAAGAAGUGGUUUAAAUUCAGUCAUUUCAGAGAUUUAAAGAUCAAGGGCCCUAUCCCUAUCAUCCACCCAACGCAAGACAUGUAUGGCGCGAUUUGUUGCUGCUUUCAGAUCAGCGCAACCCUAAUUUUCACGUUUUGCGCCACAUUGUUUAAGUAGCAAAUCCAUUUGUGCCACUUUGUGGACUUAUGGGUGUGCUGGUCUGAAAAGGAGGUGUGUUAAGGUGUAUUUUUGACGUGUUGCUGUUUUGAGGAACUGAAAUAGACUGCGCCAUUGACCAACUAAAACCUGGUCUAAAGUCCAGCGCAGAGCACUUUAGUUAUGCACCUAUGCAGGUCCAAAAGUGUACACAUUACUUAAUGCAGACAGCAAUAGUCAAAUAUCUUUACAUAUGACAACAAAUUUAAGGUUUAAAAUGUUACAAAAAUUAUUUUCUUCUGCAGAAAUAUAAAAAAACACUACCUCCA